GUCGUUGCCAUAGUCUAUCGUUUGUUCUUUCACCCUCUUCGCAACAUCCCUGGGCCGUUUCUGGCACGAACUAGUCAAGUCUGGCGAAACGUUAGGUACUUCCGCGGAACAUGGCACGACGACAUCCUCCAGGUUCACGAGCAGUUUGGUCCGGUGGUUCGCAUCGCACCAAAUGAGAUCAGCUUUGUAGAUGAAGAAGGACUGAGAACGCUGUAUGGCUAUGGGAAAUCUAUCAAGAAGACAAAGUGGUACGACACCUGGAAAGUUCCAGGCAUGACCAUUAGUUUCUUCGCAGCGACCGAUUUGGCGACUCACCGUCACCUCAGAUCCAGAGUCCAGGGUGCAUACACAACAACAUCAUUACUUACUAUGGAGCCACUGUUACAGGAAGUCCUUGAUGCCAACUGGUCAAGGUUCGAAUGCUUCGCCCGUUCCGGGGAGGUCAUAGCUUUGGACAAGUGGGCGAACUAUUUGACAUUCGAUAUCGUCGGACAGCUCGCGAUGGGCGGUACGAUUGGUUUCAUUCAACAAGGACUUGACGUCAACGGAAUUAUCCGGUCCAUACACGACGGUUUUUGGCUAAUGGCAAAUAUGGGCAAUAUACCUCUACAGAUGUUCUGGUUCAACAAUCCUAUCAUUAAGAGGUUGGUGCGAGUCCUUGGAAUCAAAAGGCUGAAUGCAUUCGACGACUUCGUGGAAUGGCUUGACAUUCGUGUGGAGCAGAGAAUGAACAACAAAGACGGCAUGCCCAGAUGGGAUAUGCUUCAACAUUUUAUAGAAGCAAAGGACAUGGAUAAAAACCCUGUCAAGAAGGCGGAUGUCAUGAUUGAGGGAGUGAACAUUCUUGGUGCUGGGGCGGACACCACCGCUAUAGGCAUACUUGCAUGCGUAGGGGCUCUGUUGAAGCACCCCGAGUACAUCCCACGGCUACGGGACGAGAUUGACCACGCCUAUCAACAACUCGGUCUCGAUUCUUCACGAGAACAUAUCAAAUUUACUGACGCUCAAAAUUUGCCUUGGCUGUCCGCAAUCAUCAAAGAGAGUACCAGGCUACAUCCUUCGAUACAGUAUCAGCUACCCAGAUAUGUCCCCGCAGGCGGCGUACAAAUAGGUCCAUACUUUCUUCCUGAGGGCACUGUGUGCGGCAUUAGCUGCAGGAGUACGAAUCGAUCCAAAAAAGCAUUUGGUGCCGAUGCAGGAAGCUUCCGGCCCGAGAGAUGGAUCUCGCAGAGCAAGGAAGACGAUGAACGUAUCAAAUACUGUAACUCAAUGCUGACAACGUUUGGUACGGGAAGCCGAAGCUGCGUGGGUAAGAACCUUGCCACCAUCGAGAUGUAUAAAUAUGUAGCGCAAUUCUUCCGUACCUUCGACGCAGAAUUGCUCGAUAUGAGUGAGCCUUGGAAGACUAGGUCACAAUGGUUCUCUUUUCAGCGUGAUUUCAAAGUUCGUUUGCGGCUCCGUGACACUUGUGUCUCAGGUGGAGGGGUUGAGAAAUGAAAACAGGUCGAGUGUCAAAAGAAUCAUGUUUCCUGUCCCUAAUUUAUGUUCCAUCUUUUAGCGUGCUACUUGAAAUAUGAAUUGGUUAUUGCUAUUGCAAACCGCAAGCUUGAUGCACAAAAAUCCUGCUUUCAAUAUCGCACAAACGAAGUUGUGGCUGAUAGAGCUGCUGAUCGUAGAAGCUGACAGCAACGUAUCAGCAUCUACCAUCCCUG